AAUUGUAAUCGCUCUGCUCCACGCCCCUGCCCUCUACCUAAGCAUUGGGAUAUGUAGGAAAUAUCCGUGGAGAGAUGGGCUGAAACUUCUUUCGGUUCAUCCUAAAAGAUCUCUCAAGCGGCCUAUAGUAUUCCCGAAAGAACAUAAAUAUCAUACAGUGGAAUGAGCAGGCUGAGGUGGGGAGAUGCCUUACGUGGAUCGGCAGAACCGGAUCUGUGGCUUCCUGGACAUUGAGGAGAAUGAGAACAGCGGCAAGUUCCUCCGACGCUACUUCAUCCUGGACACCAAGGAGGGUAGCCUGGUGUGGUACAUGGACAACCCACAGAACCUGCCCAAAGGAGCUGAAAAUGUUGGCUCCCUCAGACUCACCUACAUCUCCAAGGUGAGUGAUGCCACAAAGCUGCGACCAAAGGCGGAGUUCUGCUUCGUCAUCAAUGCUGGUAUGAGGAAGUUCUACCUCCAGGCCAAUGAUCAGCAGGAUCUGGUAGAGUGGGUCAACGUGCUCAACAACGCCACCAAGAUCACAGUGCCAAAGUCGGGGGAUGGCCAGCCCAGUGCAGAGAUGACCCAGGAGGGGCUGGGUGCCACAAAGCAGAUCUCCUAUAAGACAGAGAUCAUAGGUGGAGUACCCAUCAUCACUGCCACACAGGAGCAGGGCGACGGGGGGCAGAACGGAGCAGAGCGGGGGGGCCAGCGGAAGGCCCACAGCCAGCUGCCCUACUUCCUGGGGCGAGGGGCGCAGGACCAGGCGCUCAUCAAGGCUGGAUACUGUGUGAAGCAGGGAGCCGUGAUGAAGAACUGGAAGAGGAGAUACUUCUUACUGGAGGAGAAUGCAGUCAGCUACUUUAAGUCAGACCUGGAGAGGGAGCCUCUGCGUGUGAUCCCGCUGAAAGAGGUUCACAAAGUUCAGGAGUGCAAACAGAGUGACUUAAUGCAGAGGGACAAUCUAUUUGAAGUCGUCACAAGCUCAAGGACCUUCUACAUGCAGUCGGACAGUCCAGAGGAGAUGCACAGCUGGAUCAAGGCCAUCUCAGGAGCCAUUGUGGCCCAGCGGGGGCCUGGACGCUCAGCUGCGUCUAUGCGUCAGGCCCGUCGGCUGUCGAACCCUUGUAUACAGAGGUAUACAUUCCGCAAUGGUGAAUGCAGCACGAGCACAGCGACCACUCUACCACCAGCAUCCCUUCCAGCUUCUACUGCAGCAGCAACCACGGGGGACCCCCCGCCCCUCGCUCGCCAGUCCAGGCAGAGCCACCCUACCCCCAGCCCCAGGGGGGCCCGAGCCCUUACCUGGGACAGCCAGGACUUCAUGGGCCUGCUGCCCUGGCGAGGCCACCCGGGGGCACCACCCCGCUCCCGCCUCUCCCUCCAGGAGACCCCCCGCCUGUCCAAGUGAGCGCCUCGUCCCUGUACCACACCAACGCCGACCGGGAGGACCUGUCGCCAUGGAGACGGCGCAGCGAAGUAGAGGGCGACCAACCGGAAAUCUCCACCCUCAGCUUCGAGGACUCAGACCUGCAUGUCAGCCAGGUGUGAGCCUUUAGUCUAACCCCUGACCUUUGACCCCUAACCCCUGCCUCAUAGGACACCGCAAGCUCUCACCCAUAACCCCACUCCCCUAUUCCCUCCACCACCUGACCUUCACUCCCCAUGCACAGAACCUGCUCAUUGGAUGUGGAUGCAGGUGGAUUCACACUGACACAAAGCGGACUGGACAGUUAUCACCAACGACAAAUGGAAAGCCAAUCAGAAGUUACCAAAAAAUGGAGCUGAACCAAUCAGAGCCGACCUGGCCCUCAGGAAGACAGGAAGUGGUCCCUGGUUGUGAUUGGUGAUCGUCUACUCUACCCCUGUAUCGAGAGCUUCUCUUAACACAGCCAAUGGCGUGAUGUGUCAGGGCAAGGAGACCUCGUCAGGUGUUUGGUUUUAGUUCUGUCUCUUUUGUUGUUGAUAUUUCUGUUGGGUGUUGCUCUUUCUCUUUCGUUGUUGAUAUUUCUGUUGUGUGUUGCUCUUUCUCUCUUGGUGUUGGCAUUGUGUGGUAUGAUUCAAUAACAUCAUCCCCUGUCCAUUGGCUAAAGAGGUUACUGAUUUGGCUUACUCUGCUGAGAAACUCACUGCUCACGUUUCUCCACCUUCUCCUCCUUCUCCCUGACGUCACGUGAUUUACUGUUAUCAGGGUCGUUGGGCCUAAUUUAAAGAGGCGCUAGAUGUUAUUUUUAUUGACAGUUAUGUCAACAAAAAAUGUGUAACUGUCGACAAUGAGACAACCCCACUCAUACACACAAAUGGUUUAGAUUUGUAUGUACUUUUAAGAUGUUAAAUAUAUUUGAUUUUAAGCAGACCAUUUAGUUUUUAUCCAAAGCAUGCCGUUAUGGAAGCACCGGACGAAAUAUGAAACCAGAAUCUUAAAAAUAACCUGUCGAAAUUCCGUGCGCCAGUCUUGCUUUCAGGUGUUUUUUGGAGUGAGAGGGUCUUGUGUAUAUUUAUGUCUUUAGUAAUCCUUUAGAAAUGCUUUGAGUCCUUAUGUUCUAAUGAAAGUUACACCUGUUGUGUUCGUUCAGACUCUGUCUUUCUCUCUCAAUCAUUCACACACACACACACACACACACACUGUCACACCUAUGUGUUUUGCCAAAUGUAAGUCCUGCACUGUAAUGUUAUGUGCCUGUCAAUGUGAGCAUGCAUUUGUAUAGUGACUUCUCCCUCAGGAGGACAGAUAUGCACAGUUACAGUACAUCUAUAGGCCUGUGGGUAGGGCCUUUUAACUGGCACUUUGUGGAUACAAUGUGGGCAGAUAAUCUGCCCGCUACACUUGAUCUGUUUUAUGGGUGUUUCUUCGACAUCCUCUUCUCUUUUCUACUGUAUGAGUACUGUGCUACUUUUCUCAAUGCUGUGACGGUUUGUUUGUGUGUCUGUGGGGGAGACAUAGGGUACCUGCGUUGCCAAUAUGGUGGAAGACGGGAGGAGGGUUUGACCUUUGGCCUCAGCUGUGUGCUCUUCCUGUUUUUACUGUGUUGCACAACUCUUACUGUAACAGCUGCUAAAGUGCCUGCGUUCUUUCUAUAGAGGAAAAAAAAAACAAGAAGCUAUUUUGACCCUUUUAAUUGUGUACCUGAUGUUCUUAAAUCGUGUGCAUUAUUUAUUAAGUGGAGUUUGAAAAUAAAUCAAUGGAUUCAA